AUGACUGCUGACAUUUGGACGAAGCCUGGGAUGAGUUCUUCAUACUUAGUAGAAAUUUUCACUGUGACUAUUCACUAUGUGAACGCUGAACACGAAAUCGAACAUGCUGUUCUUGAGUUGCUUCAUUUUCCAUCGCCACACACAGGGGCUGUAAUUGGUGAUUUGAUGAAGAAAGUGAUUACCGAAUGGGGUUUUGAGGUCCCAAUCAUUGUAACCGAUAAUGGAUCCAACAUGGUCAAGGCGUUCCAGGUCGUCUCAAUACAAGAGGACAUCGAAGCAGUUAUUGAUAGCGUUGCCACUGGAAGGACUGAAUCCAAUAAUGAAGAUAGCCAGGAAGAGGAAAGUAUUUUCUCAAACUCAGACUCUGAUGAAUCUGACGAUAGCUGUGCCCUGAUGCCAAACAUUGAUGGCGAAUCAUUUGAAGACAACUUUCUUGAAGAUCAAUUGAUUAUAGUCACUCCAUUGCUGCCUGAAUCCCAAACUGUUGCCAUCAGUGAGGACCCUAUGGAUCAAACGGAAUGCGACCCUAAUGAAGCGCUUUUAGAGAAGUUGAAAAUUGAUGAAGAUGUUCUACAGUUUCUGGAACACGAGAAACAAAUGGAGAAUGCCAUCGGCCAAAUUAUGAUCGUACAGAAAAAAUCAAAACGAGUUUGUGAUGCUAUGAAAAACGACCUUAAUCAUCGAUUUGAUUUCAUGAUUGACGAAACUAUGGACAAUUUCGAAUGCCUGUAUCUCCUUGCAACUGAGUUGGACCCUAAUUAUCGACUUUUUGUUUCUGGAGAAGCUGCCGUGCAAAACAUCGUCACACGAAAUAUAAAUAAAACUGCAGAAGACUUGGGUCUUGAGACAGGUCAUUACGAGGAUAACGAGAAAGUGCAAGAGGAAGAGAGAGAAACGGGAACUGAAGGUCCAAGGAAUCUAGAUGCACACGAGUUUAAGUUACUAUAUGCAAAAACCGUGAGUUCUACUCCUGAAUCUCAGUUUCAAAACCCUGGCACAUUUCUCUUGGCCCACAUUUGUUACUACAUUAUCGCCCAUUACACGGAACUCUUAUUACCAUACUCGUCCUUUGGAGUUGUCGAUAAAGACCAGAUACCAACUUCUUCCAGAGGGAUGGAGAAAAUUGUUAAGAAUCAAGCAACAGAAGAUAACGAGUUGCCGAAACCCGUUGACGCAAGGAUACUGAUGGAUUCUUACACUAAAGUGAAACCCAAUACCGUCGUAAGCUUAUGUGUCAACACAUUAUCGCCUCAACAGGUUAUGGGCCCAGUGUUACUACUAAUCAUGGCGAACAACGCCCCAGUGGGAAACUGUCUCAAAGACAUGGCCCACAUUGUGAAAUUUGAUGGCACCAACCACUUCGACUGGAAAUACGAGUUCCUAGGCAUUCUAGAACAGCAUGGUCUCAAGCACUUGAUUGAACCAACUGCUGGCGGUGACAUCUUAGCCCGACCCAAUGUGGCCAGAAACGCAGACAAUGCAAUCACCAAUCAGGCAGCCAUCGACCUGUGGAAUCAAAAAGACAUCAUCAUUCGAAAUUCAAUUUUGAUUUCCAUCGAUUCUAGUCAGAAGCAAAACCUUUACGGGCUGCCAACAGCCAGAGAAAUGUGGGUAAAAAUCAGCACCCUAUUCGCUGCCCAAGCUGAUGAGAUUGAACAACAACUCAUCACUAGAAUCUUCAAUUAUCAACACAAUCCAGGAAAGGAUAUUAGAUAUCACAUCAACUGUAUCAUGAACGAUGCUAACAAACUAAGAGAGAUGGGCAGUCCCCUGCAAGACAAAUACAUCAUCAAUAGGAUGUUGCAAACACUACCUGAGAGUUACCGACAUGUCCGUUCAGCAUGGACCAAUGUCCCUAGAGACGAGAAAACCAUCGAUAAUUUAGCUCAACGACUGAUAGCUGAAGAGGGAGUCGUGGCAUCCUAUGCAGUACAGACCCCAGCACCACCUACCAACUCAGUCGCAUUCCAAGCCACAGUUCCCGAAUCCAGGGUUGAUAACGCCCAUUAUGCAACAAAUAGAGGAGGCCAAAGAGGCCGAGGACGUGGCGGCUUUAGAGGACGCGGUGGUCGUGGCAAUUAUGGAGGGCCUAGAGGUGGUGGUGUUAAUCAACAUGCCACAAAACAAGAAGGCGCCAAUCUAGAAACCCCCCAGAAAAUCUGGAACUGCAUUUAUUGCGAAAUAGAUUCCCACCACACGGUUGACUGUAGGAAAUUGAUUUCCGCCCGCACACUCGCAAAAGAACAUUUCACUAAGAAAGACUCUGGGUACCCCGCUUCUGCAUGUUACUUAGCCAGAAGUGUCUUCGACUGGUUUGCAGACUCAGGGGCGACCUCCCACAUGACAGACCAACUGUCACUACUAAUGGAUUACCAGCCUAUUGAACUCGGUUCCUGGAUGGUCACGGGAAUUGGAGGCACAUCUCUCCCUGUACACGGACAGGGAAGUGUAAGAGUCAUUACUGAGAAUGAACUGGAACGAGUUAUCUCACCAGUGUUGCAUGUACCUGAGUUAGGUACCAAUCUAUUCUCUAUUGGCUCUGCCACAGAAGCGGGCAUGAAAGCUGUCUUCACUGGCACUAGUGUAAACAUUUUGAGCCCUGACGGCAACAUCUUCGUGAAGGGUGAACGUGCAGCUCGUACUAUGUACCACCUCAAGAUCAGAUCGAAAGUGAACAUCGACCACGCUGCAGCUGCAACAUCAACGGGCCAAAGAGUCUCCCCUGAAAUACUACACCAGCGACUAGGCCACGUGAAUUUCAAGAAUUUAAAACGGAUGGCGACACAAGUACUGGUUGACGGGCUCAACAUUUUUCAAUUUACAGAAGAAGAAUGGAAGACAUUUAGAGAAAUAAUCUACAAGUGUUUCGGGUGUGCCCAAGGAAAAAUGCACAAGACAUCCUACAACCAUCCCAGCACACAUGCGGCCCAGGCCUGUGGGGACCGAGUACACACCGACUACUGCGGUCCGAUGUCCAACGCUUCGUUGGGGGGGAGCCCGAUUCUUCGCAUUAUUCAAAGAUGA